AUGUCCACCGCCAAGCAGCCGCAGCAGGAACUCCUCAUCGAGAUAGCAGCACCACAAAUACCGCAGGACCCAGAAAUUGCUCACCCUCCUGCCUAUGAGAGGCCCAUUGCCGACUCGCCUGGCCCUGUGCGGUCCAUCACUGGGGGAAGAUCCACUCCCAGCGGCGAAUCGCGGAGUCUGAGGCUGUUCUCCCCGGGAGGCGUCGGCGCAAGUGCCAGCAAAUCCUCGUGGGGAACGGACCUGAUUGUCUGCGCUAGAACGGAAGAUGUACAAUGGGAAGAGGGGGAGAGCCAUGCCAGCUGGCCAGGAACCGUUCCCAAGACAUCCGCCGGUCCCGUCAAAAAGCACACCUUACGCUCAGAAGCCUCUGGGACUCCCUUGGUCGAUCGGGCUCGACUUCACAGUGAGCCGAAUGUGACGAGUGAUCGGGCAAAGAUUGCGACUGCUACCACACCCUUCAUGAUGGGGGCCAAACUCAGGUUUUAA